CGUGCACCUUGCGAGUCGUUACGCUGGCGCGCACGGAACCCGUCACAUCCGCGUGGAGCGAUUCAAAUGCGAAAAAAAAGAAACCGUUGGAGGAAAUUGCCUUACACACGUACACACUGUUACCGCCGUACCUCUCAAAAAUCGAUUGAUCCCGUGGGGAGAAAAGUGCGGUUUUUGUGUGAAAAUUACACAGCAAAGCUAGUCGAUUUCUACUAUGGGUGCUUCCGCGCUGCCGAUUAUCAUUUUCUCCGCCAUUUUUGGUGUGGUUGGCAUCGUGCUGCCGAUCGUUGCUCCCAAAGGCCCGAACCGUGGGAUCGUGCAAUGCGUGCUUAUACUGACGGCUGCAACAUGCUGGUUGUUCUGGCUGUGCUGUUACAUGGCUCAAAUGAACCCAUUGAUUGGCCCGAAAUUGCACCAGAAUACGAUCCUGAUCAUGGCGCGUGAGUGGGGCAAUCCGCUGCCGGACAUGGAUGGUUACCAGCCAGAACACACGGAUCACUAAUCAGUGUAUCGAUUGUAACCCACAAGGGCAAUCGUCGCGUAAACCAUCCACACGACGUACACAUUCCGUGCAAUGCUGAACCCAACAAAUUCCAAAUACAUUUUGCAUGUAUACUUUACCGUCAGGAAGCAACUAAACCGCUCAUUAGAAAAGUUCAACUGGAUGUGUAUAAAUGUUCAUAAUGACCUUCAGCAGGGGCUUCCCGUCAGACGGGUCCAGUAUUUAGAACAUUCGGCUCAUUCAUAGAUACAUCAAUAUCCCUAGUAAACCGUGUAAUUCUGUUGUAAUUGAUAGAGACGAUUUGAUUUGUUUGUUUGUUCGUUUUUUGAAAUAUCUGCUGGUAUGAUUUACCCUAGAAGAUGUGUUAUACUGAAUAAAACAAUCAAAGCAUCCACGUAAAAUGCACCCGA